CAUAAGGGAAUGGGUCUAAACAGCGAGGAAUGCAAUAUAUUUUGCUGCUAGUCUGAACCCGUUCCAUAUAGGAUAUAUAAUUGUUUCGUGACGUAUGCUACAGAUGGGUUCUUCUGCAAGUACUAGAAGGAUCCCACCAGUGCAAAAGAUCGCAGAACCUCCAUCUGUCGAAAACUCAGACGCUAGCCGAGAAGUAGGAGGCCACGAUGAAUCGGACAGUGGUCCAGUGGCACCGGAAGGAAUAAUUGAGCCAUCCAACCCGGCAGCUCCUGCUGACACCCUGGCUGAUAUUUCAGACGUUCUGCUUGUUGACUCUGCAGCUGCAAAGGCAAAACGAAUCCAGGAGUUUAGUGAGGAGAUCAAACAAUGUCUUAUCCCUGUAAAGGAAGGUAUCCAGCACAUCCAGGAAUGUGACAAUUUCCCAUGUGUCUCGUGCAACGGGCACAUGAGGGCUAUCAACAAAGUUUCUGGGAACAAGAACAUUGACCGCAACGCUGCCGCGGAUGGGUUGGCCAUUGACACGGACUACUGCAAAAUGUUUAGCUAUAGAUGGUCAAAGGGGAAAUUGUUACAACAGAUCGAGGAUGCUGAUGCUGAAGAAUUGACGCCUGAAAAGAAAAGGAUAUUUACGUUUUAUAUUGAACUGUUAGGUUCCAGUUGGAACUUCACCGAUAAGUCCGAGUACUUCUGUCUGCAAAUGGAAGAGGACGGGUGCCUGUCGUUGAUAUCAGACUGGUUUUUACAUCUGAUCGAGGGUUCAAACUCCAGAAAUAAAUGGGUUGAUGAUCUAGUCUUCGAUGCAAUGAACGUACUUGACAAUUCAUGCAUGAGAGUGCGCGCGUUGGCUCCGAAGCACCACCGAGUCGUACCUGCUCUUCAGAAGUUUAGCGAGUCAACAGGAAGACUCACCCAGACAAUUGCGUUUAUGACGUUGGCUAAGCUGGUGAAGAAAGAAGAAGCCGACAAGCUAUCCACCAAUACCAAAUGCAUAUUUUUUCUAAUGUCUCUUCUCAGGAAAUGCCUCUCAACUAGAGACCACAAGGCCUCAAUUAACAGACAAACAGCUAAGAAGAACACUGUCACCAUGGUAAGUCUAGAUGCAGAAGAGCUUGUGAAAUCCGUAGAAGAUCUAGCCAUUAAUGAUAUCAACAAAAAGCUCAUUGCUACAGAAGGUGGGAUCCCACUCCUUGCGGAACUGCUCAAACCAAAUUGUUCCACCGAAGAGAAGAUCUCUGCCGCGAAUACCAUCUGGAGACUGGCAUUCCUCAAGGAAAAUAAAGAAAAACUCCGCAAAUUCAAGGGUAUCAUAUACAAUCUGACCGAGUAUUCCCAAAGUGAGCACGAAAAACUCCGUACAGCCUGCAUGGGAGCUCUCUUCGAGAUCUACGAAUCCAGACUUCCUGAAAACCUGAAGAGCAAGAAAACCGACGAUGGGUCACCGCAGAGGGCGCCAUCCGACACUGCAAAGUCAACUGGACACAUCAUGCUCAGCUACAAAUGGGAACACCCGUCCAAACCUGUGAUGCGUGAGUUCAAGAAGGAGCUUCGGAAAAGAGGAUACGCUGUGUGGAUGGAUGAGGACCAUAUGAUGGGUGAUAAAAUUGGAGCGAUGGCAGAAGCUGUAGAGAAUGCUGAGAUGAUAAUUGCCUGUAUUACAAGUGGUUACCAAGAUAGUCAAGACUGCAGAACAGAAGCAUCUUAUGCAUAUGAAUGCAAGAAGAAGAUUAUUCCAGUGAAAGUUAAGGCCGACUUCAAACCUUCUGGCUGGCUAGGGGGUAUUACGGCCGGGAAGAUAUACUACAUCGUGCAAAAAGCAGAGUUCGUCUCCGAAGUACUUCCUAGCAUCAUAGAAAAAGAAUUCGCUGUGCAGAAAGAAACAAUCCAGAAGGUGAAUGCUACGACAGGGUCACAAUUGCCGGAACAGGAACCGAAUUCACCUCCAACAGAAUCCCAAGUACCCGGAUGGGAUUCAAAGAGAGUCCAGGAUUGGCUGGCAGCGAACAACGUCACAUCACGUAACAAAGCGCUUAAAUCCAUCAACGGAACUCAGUUGCUGCAGCUCAAGAAACAGCUUACCACAGUACCACAUGCGUUCUACCAGUCCAUGAAAGAUGAUAUGAAGGUUCCGUACCUUGACGUUCUUUCCCUCGCAGCUGCACUUGAAAACCUUGAAUAGUCAGGUGGUGUUUGCGUAACUGUCGAUCACGUGAUAUCACCAACGGUACCAUCAGCGUGCCCAGUACCGGCAACUCAGGAAACAAUAAUGUUCAUUGCCUUGAAGUUCUUUCUCUCGCAACUGCCCUUGAAAGCCUUGAUGAGUCACUCAGUACUUGCAUCACUGCCAUCACGCUAUAUUUGUAACGGACCUGUUACAACAACUCAAGAAGCAACUUGCCCCAAUGCCAAAAAACUUAAUCAGUCAAGACCAUCAAAUGUUUAUCACCUUGUUGUCCUUUCUCUGGCAGCUGGACUUGAGACCCUUGACUAGUAGAUGGAAUAUGUUGUAAUUAUUACAUUAUGUUUACAGUUGUUAUCAUGGUUAUGAUAGAUUCCAUAUGAUGGUAUUUCAAUCAUGUAUAGUGGUUUGCGCGCUUGCAGUGACAAUCCAACUAUGAGGUGAAGCUGCAGCUGAAUUUGGCAAUGCUGGCAUCAAAAGUUAAUCACUGGAAUAUAACCUGAUUGGUACAAAUUUUCAAAACAGCGACACACAGACCCCUCUGUCUCUCUAACACAUAAAAACACGGCUGCCUUCACGUGCAUCCUGCUCCCUCUCUUUCUGAUACGGGUAGAUAUAGUGUUUAGGAAGCAUCUUAAAAUAAACAGUACCUUACUUCAGUCCCUACUGUAAACGAAGUCAUCAACUGUCCGAAGAUUUUCUCUUGUCGGGGAAGUUCCACAAUGUUCUAUAAUGGGACCAUUGCUACUCAUUCUCUACGCUGGUCUCCUAUCUGUGUCAUGAUAGUGAUUACAUAUUUGAGGCGGGUGUUACAUCACUGUAUGUUAUUAUUUUUGAGCAUUGCGACAUUGUCUUUGGGAUGGUAUAUAUAUAUAUAUAUAUAUAUAUAUAUAAAAUGUGUGAAGCUAUACAUGUACAAUUUUUCCAAAGG